AUGGCCAAUUCAAACAUACAGGAUGUAAUGAUAGUUGCCAAGGAUUGCUAUCAUGAUUUCCAACAUGGUAAGGAAGUAAAAACUUCGAUUUGUGGAACUGGCAUAUGUCAUGUAGAGAACGAGGGUUCAGUUAAGGUCGCAGAGGUCCCCAUAGUACCAUUAUCGACCUCAUUCUUCUUACUUGCGCCCGCGCGCUCGGCUCGGUACACGCGACGACCCCGGAUCUCUGGAAUCUUGCCUGAGAUGACGUCGCUUCUUUGCGUGCUGUUGAUGCAUUCGUUUGUCGCAAGAGCAGCACCUUUGCAAGGCCUCACAUCCAUACGGGAAGGGGGGAAUGGGCAAACAAACAAGGGCGAACAGCCGCGCGACAGAUCCAUAUUCACCGUCAUAUCCAUGGCCUGUAUGAUGAUGGUAGCGUUUUUGCUAGGACAAGGACUCUACACUCGCGCACUCUGCGUUGCUGGCACAUGGACAUGUUUAAUCUUCUACACUUCUAUCAAAGGCAUCAUAUAUGUCUUCCUUGUUGAGCGCAUUCACGUUGUCCGCGCACCUUUCGUCAACAGAAAAAACGACAGAAUCUACCUUGGAUGCAUGGCCAUGAUCAUAGUAACGUACAGUAUUGUCGCCGCCAACACCUGGGUCAACCAUGUCACCGAACUACGUGCCUCGGACGGACGCUGCCACUUUGGCAUCCGCGGCAUUGGAUCGAUACCCUUUACUGUCGUCAACUUCACCACGAAUGGAAUUCUAACGGCCGUAUUCUUUUAUUUACUUCGCCCAGUUUCACAAAAGCCGGUUUCCGCCGGGUUUUCCACCGCACUAGGAGGAUCGGAUACAGACACUGUCACCGGCCAUGGUGGAAGCGACACGAUGGUACGAAAGAACAUCAGAAAUCUGAUCUGGAAGAGUGUGGUCGGAUCGCUAUUGGUUGAGAUACCGACGGCUGCGAACAUGAUUCAGUUUGCCGUCACUCGGGGAGAAGAGCUAGGUAUGAUUAGUUUGACGAUAUGUCUUGUGGAUGCAUGUUGGGAUGCGGUGAUCAUACAUUGGUUGACGAGUAGUUGUAGCUCGGAGGAGGCGACAGAGGGAGAGCUGUCGCGUUCUAUGCUGAGCUCCAGUAAGGACUCGCUGAGUCCCAUACCGAGCAGAGCUCCGUCUCAAUCAAACGGUUCGGGGGGGCCAAGAAUAAGCAUUACAAGAGGGACAGAUGGGUCGCAAGAUACGCUAAUCAGCGCCAUGGACUUCUUAUGCGAGAGUGCGAUGCAUUCGACAUCGUCUUUGGUCAGACCCGCACGUGCGAAGCUAUGA